AUGGUGGCCUCCAUUUGGGCCGUGACCGGCCUUCUGGCUGCGGCCGCGACGGCUUCCCGGGCAGGCUCAAACGUGAUGUUUGCCAUCGGUGGAAGGGGUGUUGAGCCCCGGGCCGUGAAUCUCGCCGCCCACAACGGAUCGCUCAACUUUGACACGUACUUUCACGUCUGUUGUCCGCCCGGAACUCCCCAUUGCGGAACGGAAGCCAGCGCGAAGUUGGUCAUGAAGAAGCUGAAUGACGAGUUUGCGCUCGGGCAUAUCGGCUUCACCAUGUCAAGGUUCCACAUUUUCGACAAUGCCACCUGCUUAGGCAGUGGAAAAUCCAGCUCCGUCGGUGAUCUCGACACGCACGCCAUCAUGGAGAGUGUGCGCGAGGGUGGACCGGAUGCUCUCAACCUUCUCUAUCUGCCAAGAAACCAAGAGUCCGGGACCAAGGGAUUCACCCUCAUCUUGAACCCAGGACAGUCAGUGGCUCAGCAGGCGAAUCCUAAACACGACGGACCUCAUCUGGCCAUGACCUGCCUGACAGGAAAAGACGGCCAGGGGCCCGACGAAACCGACCUUUGCCUGACGGUGCACGAAGUAGGCCACUGGUUCAAUCUCACGCACACAGAAGAUACAACAGGCAUCAAGGUGACGAAAGAUAUAGUUGGACCCAAAGGAACCGUAGGAGCUACGAAAAAGAUUGAAAACGUCAUGGCGCCCACGAUUAUGCAUGGGAAUAAGCAGGGAUUUAACAAGGAACAGAUGGAUGAAUUACGAAUCGUCGCGUUGGACCGGGCGAGUUGCAAAAACGGCAGCUCGAUUCCGUCGCCUCCUUCGCCUCCUUCUCCUCCUUCUCCGCCUUCACCUCCUUCUCCUCCCUACACGAACAACAACAAUGUAGAGGAAGACGGAACGUCGACGGAUUCCGCCAACAAAAAGCAAUCAACCGGUCAGACCAAUCAAGGGUUGUCUAACGAGUCCGACGACGAAGGGCUGUCCAACAACGAGGUCGGCGAUGGGGGCCUGCCCAACAAGGUGGCCCAUCAAGGGACGCCGAACGUGUCGGCCAAUCGAGGACAGUCGAACUCGUCACCCGGUCUGGAGGAGAAGCCGAAAGCCAAGGCAUGCCGGUGCACAUGCCGCAGUCACUCCGGCCUUCUCCGGUCACCGGGACAGAAACAGGCAAAGGCAGGACCGCAAGGCCCUAUGCCUCCGCCUUCGUCCGAGGAGCCAUCGUUCGAGGCAGAACCAAAGGGAGCAGGUUCGCCUACGACGUCCAACAAAAGCCCGCCUUACUCGGCCGGCGAAAAGACUGGUACGUCGUCCGAAGAGAAUGACACGCCGCUCGGGGCGGCAGAGCCGAAGGGAGAAGGUUCCCCUACGACGUCCAACAAAAGCCCGCCUGAAUCGGCCAGCGAAAAGACAGAUCCUUCGUCCGAGGACGAGGACACGCCCACUGCGUCCGAGAGCGACAACAGGUAUCCUACCGCCGAGAAGGACAGCAUGUCUCCUCCAACCGAGCAGGACCGCACGCCUCCUUCGGGCGACGGAAGCUCCUCUCCUCCCUCUGCUCAACGGCCGUAUUCUUCCGAUGAAACAGAUGAGCCUCCUCUGACCGAUCAAUACCGCACGCGUCUUUGGGCCAACCAAAGCGUGACUCUGCAUUCAUCGCUGCGUAAUUCAACCAGGACGCGGCAUAAGUCGACUUCGGUGCUGCGCAACUCAACCGCCAAGUCGCUCCCAGAGGAGGCAGAGCUCAAGGAAACGGACGAGCCUGCUCCGCCUUACGAAACCGAAACUCGCUCCUCCGCACAGAACAACACAAACCCUUGGGCCAAUAAAACUCAGCAGGAGGACAGGCCUCUCGAUGAAAGCUCGUAUGAUUCGCCGCAUUCAAGCCUGACGAAUUCAUCGGAUUCAAGCCUGUAUCAUUCGCCGGAUCGAAGCUCGUACAAUUCGUCGGGUUCAAGCCUGUAUCAUUCGUCGGAUCGAAGCUCAUACAAUUCGUCGGAUUCAAGCUUGUAUCAUUCGUCGGAACCAAAGCCGUAUAAUUCGUCAGGUUCAAUCUCGCAUCCUUUGACUGAUCAAGGCGAGGACACUUUGUCGGAUCAAAAGUAUCCUUCGAUUAAAGAUGGACAGAAUUCGUCGGAAGAAAGACCGCCUACCUCGUCGAGUUCAAGCCCGUAUCCUUCGACGGAAGAAGGCCCGACUUCAUCAGAUCAAAAGUACCCUUCGAUUAAAGAUGGACAGAAUUCGUCGGAAGUAAGACUGCCUAACUCAAGCCCGUAUCCUUCGACGGAAGAAGGCCCGAUUUCAUCAGAUCAAAAGUACCCUUCGAUUAAAAAUGGCCAGAAUUCGUCGGAAGAAACACCGUCUAAUUCGUUGAGUUCAAGCCCAUAUCUAGCGACGGAAACCCCGACUUCAUCGGAUCAAAAGUAUCCUUCGAUUAAAGAUGGACAGAAUUCGUCGGAAGAAAGACCGCCUACCUCGUCGAGUUCAAGCCCGUAUCCUUCGACGGAAGAAGGCCCGACUUCAUCAGAUCAAAAGUACCCUUCGAUUAAAGAUGGACAGAAUUCGUCGGAAGUAAGACUGCCUAACUCAAGCCCGUAUCCUUCGACGGAAGAAGGCCCGAUUUCAUCAGAUCAAAAGUACCCUUCGAUUAAAAAUGGCCAGAAUUCGUCGGAAGAAACACCGUCUAAUUCGUUGAGUUCAAGCCCAUAUCUAGCGACGGAAACCCCGACUUCAUCGGAUCAAAAGUACCCUUCGAUUGAAGAUGGCCAGAAUUCGUCGGAAGAAACACCGUCUAAUUCGUUGAGUUCAAGCCCAUAUCUAGCGACGGAAACCCCGACUUCAUCGGAUCAAAAGUACCCUUCGAUUGAAGAUGGCCAGAAUUCGUCUUCGUCGGGGAAAAAACCGUCUAAUUCGUCGAGUUCAAGCCCGUAUCUUUCGACGGAAGAAGGCCAGAGCUCAUCGGAAGAAAAAGCUUCUAAUCCGUCGAGUUCCAACCCCUAUGCUUCAUCGGAUCAAAAGUAUCCUUCGCCUGGUGGUCCUUCAUCGGGUCAAUCGUACGCUUCGCCUGGCCAACAACCUACACCUGAUGAAAGCCAGGGUCCUUCAUCGGGUCAACAGUAUGCUUCGCCUGACCAGGGUCCUUCGUCGGGCCAACAGUAUCCUUCGUCCGGUCAAGGCCAGUCCCCUCCGUCCCAAGAGGCGGCUUCACCGUCCGAUCAAAGCGAGGGAAAGUCGACAGCCUAUCAAGGCACGCCUGAGGCCCAGGGUGGCAGCGGUGUUCCGGGAUACGGAUCGAACACUGACGGUCAAUUGCAGCAGCAGGGGCAAAGGAACUCGACAGGCUACCGUCGUCGUUGA